AUGUCUUUUAUAUUGUGUACUGAAAACAAAUACCUCAAACAAAUAAUUUCCCUAGCUAAUGAGGAGGUAAAAAAAUUGGCGGAUAAAGAAGAUGCAACAGUAGACACUGAAGACAAUAAAAAGACUUUGAUCAAAAGUGGAGAACUUGGAGGAGAGGAAGACACCUGGCACCUGAGGGAAGCUGGCGCCUCUAUCAAACUUAACAGUGAAGCUGUCCAACAACCCUUGCCGUUUACAUGUAGAUGCUUAUUGUGGAACCCCAGGAGCCUCUCCCUACCCAUUGCCAGUGAUGAGAUAUUGGUUAGCAGUGUUAUUGAACUAUCUCAUGAUGGCCCACCAGAUCUGGAGUACAGGGAAAGUGUGGAGGGGUUAAGUUUUACUGUAGCUUUGUUGCACAGUGCCCCAAAUUUGGAGGAGUAUGAGGUGGUUAUCAAGCAACUGACUGACGAAGAGAACAAUGAAUGGAAGGAAUUGAAGACAGAGAAUACUUGGCAUGGAUCAGAAACUUCAACAGUUCCCAGGUGGCUUUUCCCAUUUGCACAAGCUGUUUGUACUGAAUCAAGAGUUUCUUCAUUUGCUGCAAUCUGGCGUCCUAGGUCUUUCAUCUUUACAAGAGGUACUACAAUAAGUCCGGAAUUGACCUGUAUUGUGCCUGACUUUCCUGAUGUCAGUGUUCAAAUUCCUCAGAGUUGUGUUCCUGUUGAUCAAGAUUUCUGUGUGACAAUCCAGGUACAAGAAUUUCCAAGCAGUGAGCUUAAAGGAGAGGGAGGAUUUGUCGGUCCAGUUCUUAACAUUUCAGCCUCUCAAAAUAUUGCUCUCAUCGCGCCCGUAACAAUAAGUAUUCCUCUCACCCUCCGUAAAGGAAAACAAGAGUUGACAGAGUUAUAUACUGGCGAGCUGAAGAUAUUACACUGUGAGUCACUAGUUGAACCACAUGAAUGGAAAGACAUUACAGAUCAAUUGGAUGAACCGCCUCGUCUUCUAGAUGGGAAAGUGCUAUUCAAAGUUCGGCAUUUCUCUAGAUUCCGCCUAAUCAAGUUGACCAGAUCACUUUUACAAUCUGCUUCAGGCUUCAUAGAGUUUGUAAAAAAACUUUGCAGUAGGUCUAGGCCUCAGCAUGCCCGAUUUUGUACGUGCUUGCGUAAGACCUCUGUUCGUGGACAUUUUGGACUCAAAAUUUUCUGCUAUCCUCCAAGCCUGCAAUAUGAUGUAAGCAGGCAAAUAUCAGAAUCUUUAGUGCCCUACAAAGACGAAGGCAGCUCUUUAAGACCAGUGUGUGAAGAUGAGAAAAUUUUGGUGUCUCUUUCUGAGGCAAUCAUACCCCAAGGCACAGACGAGAAAAAUGCCUUACAAUUUGUGAGAUUCCACCAGGACAAAGUUUUUAACACAGGUGGUGAAGUUUGCUUAGGAAGUGAGAGUGUUCCAGGAGUGAAGUUUUUCGACCAAAGUGGUGAACUUUUGUGCAACAUGACCAUAGUAUUAGCAUCUCAAAUCCGGCAAAUACCUGAGAAAACAAAGCGGCCACACCAGGAUCCGGUCUUCUGGUCCUUUAAUCAAGUUCCUGUUCCUGUCACCUCUGACUUUGAAGAAGGAAGUGAGUCAUCGCCAUGCAGCCCUAGGAAGAGGAAACGCCAAUCUGCAGAUUUCUAUAUGGUUAAAGAUGGUAUACCAUCAGAUCGCGAGUUACAAGAGCUGUCUCUGAAACUUGGAGAAAAAUGGAAGGAAUUGGGAAGCUGUUUAGGAUUCGACAACGCUGCCAUAACUAACUUGAAUGGAGACAAUGAGCAGUUGGCAAGGAAGGCUUACCGUAUGUUAUUGGAUUGGAAACAAAAAGAAGGCUGCCAAGCCACUUACACGGUUUUGUACAAUGCCUUGUGUGACAAAUUGGUGGAGUGUAAACUUCUAGCAGAAAACUUUUGUUGCGUUGAGGUUGAAGGCAAUGCCUCUCCUUAGUCUUAUAUUAUAAAAAGUGAGUCGUUUCUCUACAGGGGCGUAGCUAAUUGUACGCACGGUACGCACGUGCGUACUUAAAAAAGUCGAAAGUAAAAAAAUAAAACACGAAAGUGAAAAACAACAAAAAAGCAUAAAAGAGAUAAUUGUUUUAAAAAAGCAGUUUGCCUCAACUCAUUUAACCGUGGUUGUUUUUGUAUGUUUUUUUUUUAAAUGUAUAUUUUCUAAAUAUAAUCAGAUUGUCUUUAAGGUGCUGCAGUCAAUGAAUCGAAGAAGACGACAAAAAAUUUUUACAACUUAGUCAUCAUUUCAUAUACAGUAAAAAAGUUAGGCUCACAAUGUAACCUCGCCUUUAGUCAAGUCACCUGAAAAGGAUUUGGGACUUGGGGGUUGGGGGUGGGAGGGAUUCGAAUAAUUAUGGAUACCUUUUGAAAACUCCUAGUUACACCUCUGCUCUAGUACGUCAUAUGUCUUUGUGAGUACUCCAAAUAGCGUUUGUAUCGAGCAUUCGCGCUCAGUAAGUCGUUCAUUUUGUCUUGCGCUCGAAGAUAAGGAGAAAAUUAGCUUUAGAGUAUAGAUAUUUACACGUAUUUUUGCAAUCAAGAAACGCUGGCCAAAGAACAUUGAGGUCGGAAUUCAUUCGAAUGUCCAGCACAUGUUAUGCACAUUACCACCCUGAAGCAUCUAAUUUAAUUCCUCACAGUUUAAAAUUAGAAUGCAUUUUCUCCUUACUGUUCUCUGUGCAUUUCCUAAGGAAUGGACAUAAAUAAUUACAUAAAUAAUUAUUUUAAAAGUCAAGAGUUUCUUAAGUUGGUGAUCAGUUACUUUAUGCUCAUGUUCUUAAUUUCUGUCUCAGGACCCUGUAAGGAGAAAUUAGAUGCUAGACACUGUUUGAGUUGAAUUAAUCGUUUGUGGUGAGCUUGAAGUAACAGCGUAAUUUUGCAUAGAGUGAGAUUCCCCCUGUGCUAGUCUGGUGGAUAAGCAUAAAACAUAUAAUGGCCUUAUUACAGAAUAAAAUUU